AUGUUGUAUCGCAUUUUCAUGUUACUAGUGAUGGCGCUGGUGUUCGGCGGUAACACCGCGUCAGCACAGACUGUUAUUAAUCCGCUCGUGAGCCGUCGCUUCACUGAGUAUGUGAUGCCGCCCACCGAACAGACGCAUGAGUUGGCGCGCGUGCCGAUCUCGAGUUUCGUGCUGUUGACGCAGCUGUCCGACAGCGAGCUUGUCAAGAUCGAGCUGGAUCCAAUCACCGAGGAGCCCAUUGCUCUCCAGUCGUUUGUCAUGGGAAAGAACAGCCAUUCUCAGCUACAUGGCGUGUGGCCAUCGAAAGUGUACCCCGGCCUGAUGUGGCUGUCGCUACAGGCCGACAACCAACUGCUGCUCGUGGAUCCCGGUCAGGACCUCUCGACUGCGCCGUCCAUCGUACAGACCAUUGAUAUCCCACAGCCGGGAAACGGCCCGCACUGUGUGACUGAGAUUGGCAACCGCUACUAUGUUUUCUCAGUCGACAUCUCCAACACCACAGACUGGAAAUUGUAUCAGUGCCUCAACAGCCCCGUGUUUAUUAGCGAGGAGCCGACCACUGGCUUGAUCUACGCCACACAAGACAAUGAAAGCUCUAUUAUGCGCAUCAAUGUCACCAGCGACGAGACGGCGCAGCUGAAAGUUCCGCCCGACGUCGGCAGCAAUGCCGUCGGAAUGACCACCGCUUACGGCCCUCUCAGUGGUGUGUGGUUCACUCUCGCUGGGAAUGGCACCGGCGGCACCGGCACCUUUGGCCAUAUCGGAUCCUCGGGCGAGCUGGAGUUCUUCACGCUCGAGCAGCCACUACUCGGCGCCAAUGCCGGCUUACUGCAUGUCGCUGACGCGUCAACUCCAGAUGGUGAGCCAGCCCUGUGGCUCUUGUCUACGUCGCUGCUGAGCCCCAACUCGCCCGAUGCCCUGAUCCGCGUGACUUUUGACGCCGAUAUCAAAUCAGUUGCCGGCGAAGAGUACAUCUCUCUGCCCACUCAAAACGCCAAGGUGCACCGCAUCCUGACCUUGGAUGCCACGGUUUUGGUGUCCGAGCUCAACACAUUUACAGUCGCUCAGCUCAAAUACAAUAACACCGUUGCUGGGAAGUGGCCGCCGGCACAGAGUGAUAUUGUUUACACCUAG